UUGAAGUUUUUCGGGUAGGCCGGAACUGGUCUUGUAUACGACAGAUGUCCGGGGUCGAUGUUCUCACUGGCUUCGAGGGCUUUCCCGUCACCAAAGCUAAUGUCAAUGUCGUUGGCUAUGCUAUCAAGGACAAGAGUUUGAUACAAGGUGAUACAUCCGGUCUCGACAUCUACACCACUGUCGAUGGCGAUGGUGUACCAGAGUGCGAUGUCCGCUGUUACAGGGGCGCGCACCUCGAUGGAAACCUCGAAGAGUGCCCUGGCGGCGCAGACCGCCGCUAUGAUAUCAGCCUUUGGCUCGACGAGAGCCUCGAGGGUCAGAUGGGUGGCUACGGGUACAACUGGGGCCAGGAGCUCGGUCCCGAUUACUUCCUCCAAAACGUUAAGAACGACAACAUUCACAUUUUGCUACAUGAAAUGGGCCACGGUUUUGGCCUACUUGACUUUUACACAUGGGUUCCCUCUGGUCAGACGAAUUUCGUCAUGAUGGCUGGCAGUGCUAUGGAAAUUAUUGAGUUCGACGCUUGGAUGCUUCGUGAUUGGUAUAGAAAGCUUAAGGCUGAGCGUGGCUGGUAG